AUGUCCACCGCAGACAAUGUUGCGGACAACGAAGAUGCCACGCUAGCACAACUUCGAGAUGCAGACACGGAUCUCGACCUGUUCAGAUUGGCCGGGGACAUAGAUGACUUGCUCUUAGACGCCAGUCUCGAUGAGUAUCAACAAUAUCUCGAUCAGCUGGACGCAGCACGGAGUCAUCUCGACACCCUUCUCGCCGACACGGCCGCGACACUCGACGAGCUGUCCGAGAUUUCGGCAUCUUUCAAGGCAAUUGACACGCAGACCAAGGCCUUCCAGAAGCAAUCAGCGAAUAUUCUCGAGGAACAGCGCAGGAAUGACACGAUUGCACAAGAGAUUGCAGACAACCUGCGUUACUAUGAGCCCCUGGAGAAGAUCACACGGCGCCUUAAUGCUCCUGGCGCGGGUGCUUUCGUCAGAAGCAAGGACUUUUCAGACAUGUUGAUCACGCUUGAUGAGUGCAUCGAUUACAUGCAGACUCAUCCCGGCCACAAGGAAGCCGAAACGUAUAGGUCCCGGUACAGACUCCUUCUUACUAGAGCACUCACGCUGGUGCGGAACACGUUCAUGGCUGGAGUCCGCGAAAUUAGCACAGAAGUUGCAGGAAGAAUUGCGGCGAAACAGCUCAACGACACCACCAUGUCUGCAUUGCUGUAUACUAAGUUCCGUGUCGGUUCGGCAGAAAUGAAAGAGUUGGGGCUGCAAAUUCAAAAGCGAGCUGUUCCGCCGGCAGAUGCAGAACCUGGUACAGAAGGAGAAUAUCAGAGUCUGAUGAACGAACUACAUUCGAGCUUUGCCACCUGCCGAGCACGGCUGAUGAUACCUCUCGUGCGAAAACGACUUACGGAAAUCGGGCAAGCACCGAGCUCAAGAGACCUGGUACAGUUCGCUCGGGCAAGCAUAAGCUACAUUCGUGGGGUAUGUCUUGACGAGUUCGAGCUGUGGUCCGAGUGGUUCCACGGUUAUCGGGGACUAUACGACUUUCUCGAGUCCCUUUGUGAGCCAUUGCAUGACCACCUCCGACCACGAAUCAUUCAUGAAAACAAACUUUCGAAGCUAUGCUCGCUCGUGACGCUUCUGCAGACGCGUUACUUGCAUGACGAGGAAGAGGAUGGCCCCGCAGACCCCAAUGAACUCGACUUUUCGAUUCUCAUUCAACCGGCGCUCGAGGAUGCACAGACCCGCCUUGUGUUCCGGGCUCAGGCACUUCUCCGCGACGAAAUUGAACUCUUCAAACCCCAACCUGAAGACCUGGACUAUCCUCGUCGUCGGUCCCCUCCUCCAAUACCCACGACUCCUUUAUCAGGCAGCCGAAAAUCCCGCGAACCUAGAACGCCCUUGCUCAAAUCGCCAGAAAUCGUUGACGAGGACUCGGGCGAGGAAGGGGCCUUCUCCUGGGCGCUUGCAUUUCGUCGCGACGAACUGCGAAAUUGCUAUCCGACUCUGUCGAAAGCGGUCCGUCUGCUGCACCGAAUCUACAAAUUGGUCAACUCAUCGGUCUUUGACGACCUGGCUCACCAGAUAGUCCACCAGACCACUGUCUCACUACACUCGGCAUCUGUCCAGAUCCGCUCCAAGUCCAGUCCCGCCGAUGGUCACCUCUUUCUCCUCCGCCAUUUGCUACUUCUCAAGUCGCAAAUUGUCGCCUUCGACAUUGAAUAUGUCACGCCAGAUGUGAGUUUCGACUUUUCUGGUGUGGCGAGCACCUUUUACGAACUGCGUGAGCGGGGCGGGCUGUUCAACCCGCGAAGCUGGCUGCGCCUUUUCGGUAGUGGUGCGUUGCUUCCGCGCGUCGUCGAGAACAUGCUUGACGCCAAGGUGGAAUUGGACGGGAUGUUGAGGACGGUGAUCAACGACUUUACUGCGGGAUUUGCCAGCGACAUGACGGUGGAUUUGCCACGAGACCUCAACAAAGUCAGCACCAAGAACAAUACGCUCGAGAACGCAGUCUCGUCAACCAGGAAGCGCGUGGAGAAGGAAAUCCCCGUCCUCAGAGCCAAGUUAGAGCAGUACCUCGAUGACAUGCGGACGCGAGAGACGCUCGUGGCCGCGGUGGAAGAUCAAGUCGUGCAAACUUAUGAAACAUUCUUUGACGGCUAUGUCAGUCGUCUCGGCAGUCUUGGGAAGAUGAAUGGUGCUGGCCCGAUCUCGAGAAAUGGCAAGGGGCCAGAAAGCGCGGUUUGGGAUAUUGACGCCUUCUCUGAGUGGGCCGAGGGCGUGUUUAAUGUCGCACUGCCGAAUGUGGAAGACGAUGGAACGAGUCGUCCUGUUAGUAGAAGUUUAUCGAGAAGUGAUAGUCCGUAG